AAAGAUAAACAACUACAUACCCUCCCUUACACCAAUGGUGACAGUAAAAAUCGAACCGCCAAUUGAAGAAGAGGCCAGCGAGGAUGGCGCUCCACUUGAAAAGAAGAAGUCUAUGGUAGAGGUGGAGGAUGAAACAGAUAUAAACACAAGAUUAAAUGCCAUGCUUUAUCAAACAUCUACUGAUUCAGUUGAAUUAUAUAAACUACAAAAUAAUUCUAGUGAUUUAUUAGGUAGGUUGUAUUACGACGAUUAUGAUUCAGAAAUCACUAGUCCUGUAUCGUCGAAUCUUGGCACACCAUUAUUAGCUCCACAGCCUGGUACUUCUAUAUCGUCGGACAGUUCGGGGAAUAGCAGUCAAAUACGACCUGGAAUAUCAAGAGGUAGAUCAUUUGAGAGAGGAAUUUCAUUUGAUAAUACCAACCUUGAAACCAAGAAACAGUCAUUAAUUUUAAAGGUAAAGCACCCGGAUUUUAAAUUCAGAAGAAACAACAAGACAUUCCUUACAGGAUAUAACAAUGAUUAUGAAUCCUUCAAAGCUAUUGAAUGGUUAUUUGAAGAGAUGGUUAUAAAUGGAGAUACAAUAGUUAUAUUCCAAGUUUUAAACGAAAAGCAUCAUGAUAGAAUUGAUAAACAAAUUGCAAAUGUUAAUUUACAAAAGUUUGAGAAAUUGAACAUGGAUCAUCAUAUGAAGAAAGUUUCCAUAAUUUACGAGAUUGUUAUUGGAAAAGCAGAAAAGAACUUGAAGAAAGCUAUAGAUGAGUAUUCUCCGUCUAUGAUGAUUGUGGGCACUCACGAAGGUAAAGAACAUAAAUCAUUUAUGAAAUCUUCAACAUCAAAACAUUUCUUGGAGUGUGCUUUAGUUCCAGUAAUUGUGGUGAAACCUUCUUACCAUUAUGUUGAACAGUUGAAAUCACCCAUUGAUUCAGAACAAUAUUUUGAAAAUUGGAUGAAAAGUAUUGAUGCACCUGUUACGAGAGAAAAACCCAAGAUACGAGGAAUUUUAAGUCCAACACAUUCAAGAAAUUCUUCAUAUACUAAUUUAGUUGCGGAAGAACGAGGUAGAAAGAUCAAUACACUAUUAGUUCCUACUAGAUCAAGAUCUUCUUCCAAAACAAGAGACAAAGAACCAAGGUCAAGAUCAAGUUCCAGAACUAGAUUUGCAAAGUUUUUAUUGGGGACAUAACCCGUGCAAAUGUGCCUGCUCGCGCGCGUACUUUUAUAAAGUGUUAUUUUGACCAGUGUAACUAACACAGAAUUAUAGUCUUCUGACAAUAAAUCUACGGUUGAGGUGGACCUAAUACGUAAUGCUCAAGAUUUUCAAGUAAAAUGUUUUUUCAAUUCUAUUCCAGAUUUAUCCGAAGACCAUACUAAAGCCAUACAACCUUUUCCUUUGUAUUUCAGGCUUGUAGUAAAACUUCCUAUGAAGUGAAAUAAAUCUGGUUGUAUAUCCACUUGGAUUUUUUUAAAUGUAUCCACAUUAUAAGAACUAUCAUUUG